UUUCCAUUUUGUUAAAAAAAAGAAAAAAAAAAAUACAAGAGAGAGAGAGAGAGAGAGAGAGCAAUAGAAGCUUGAGCUUCCAUUUCCAUGGCCAAAAAUACCACAUACUUUCACUUGUGGCCGUCCAUUUAUACACACUGAUUUCCCAUCAAACCCUUCCGCUCUCCCCCAAAAACAAAAUAUUAAAAAAAAAAGAAAAGAAAACAUGGUUCAGUUCAGCCUGAGACGAAGAUUCCAGCGGCGGGUCUUGGUUCUCCGGCGAUGCAUUCGACGCCUUCUGGACCGUGUAUUCAUGUCUUGUUUAGGCAAGACCGUUCGUUACCGUAUGUUGCCGCAUGCCAUCAUGAUGACUCCGGCUUCUCCGUCAUCGCCUCCAUCGUCGUCGUCGGCUUCUCCGUCUAUAGCCAAUGAGAGUUCUUCUUCAUCGAGUAAAGAUGUUAUCAAUGUCGCACCAGCCCCGACGUCGGCGUCGAUUAACAAUGAAGUAGACUCCGAUUUGGUUUCUUUGAAGAUCACUCUCUUGGGGGAUGCCCAUACUGGAAAAACUAGUUUUAUGGUAAAAUAUGUAGGUGGUGAGGAAGAACAGGGAAGGGUAGAAGGAAAAGGAUUAAGUUCCAUUGGUAAGACAUUACUUGUUAAAGGUGCACGAAUUUCUUAUAGCAUUUGGGAAGUUGAAGGUGAUGAGAAAUCGAAGGAUCAUAUCCCAGUUGCUUGUAAGGAUUCUGUGGCGGUUCUCUUCAUGUUUGAUCUAACAAGUCGGUGUACCUUAAAUAGUGUCAUAAGAUGGUAUCAAGAAGCAAGGAAAUGGAAUCAGACGGCAAUUCCUAUUAUAGUUGGAACAAAGUUCGAUGAUUUCAUUCAACUCCCUAUAGAUUUGCAAUGGACGAUCGCAAGUGAGGCAAGAACGUUGGCUAGGGCCCUCAAUGCGACGCUAUUUUUCUCUAGUGCAACCUACAACAUAAACGUGAAUAAGAUAUUCAAAUUCAUCACGGCAAGGCUCUUUGAUCUGCCAUGGACCGUGGAGCGAAAUCUCACCCUUGGAGAGCCUAUCAUCGAUUUCUAAAAAGUGUUAUUUUGUACAUGACACAACCUCUCUAUUUCCCCAGAAAGUGACUCAAAGCUGUUCGGUAGCUGGAGAUGUCAGUCAGUUGCAAAUAAGAGUUUUUUUCUUUUUUACUUCUUGACUUUAUUGGAGAAAGGCAGAGGCGGAUAGCCCACGUCUCCAAUUCUACAUACAUGAAUAACAUUGUGUUGCUCAGCAAUUGUAGAAAAAAAGUUCAAAGAUGAAAGGAAAAGCCCUUUGAGUUUUUCUUCCAA